AUACCCGCCCCGCAGAACAUGGCGUUGCCGCCUGGCCGCGGUGUUCUUGGUGAGGACUAUGACACUGGUGCUGAGGUGGACAAUCCGCAGGCGAGGCACAGGGCGUGCCUGCCACCUCCAGGGACACAACAGGGACAGUGCCACCACCAGUGCCGCCGCCAGCACCACCGCCAGCACCGCCGCCUCAUACAGCAGCAAGAUGUCUGGGGUAGAAGACGCUUUCCAUAAAUUCGCAGUAUAUGGUGACACAGCUGCCAGCGGCAACGAGAUGACCGGGAAAAACUUUUCCAAGAUGUGCAAAGAGUGUGGGGUGAUGGAUGGAAAAGCUGUGACCAGCACUGACGUGGACAUAGUAUUCAACAAAGUCAAGACCAAGGGUGCCCGCACCAUCACCUUUGCUGAGUUCCAGCAGGCCAUGAAGGAGCUCUGUGGUAAGCGCUUCAAGGGCAAAUCACCAGAGGAAGCACUGCAGGCUGUGUAUGGCCUCAUCGAGGGGAAGGAGCCGGGUAGUGCAGGCACCACGAAAGCCACCAAGGUUGGUGGGGUUGAGAGGCUGACGGACACUAGCAAAUACACUGGCAGUCACAAGGAGCGCUUCGAUGAGAGUGGCAAAGGGAAGGGUCUUGCUGGCCGCGUGAGGACCUGA